AUGGAGCCCCAGAAAAUCAUAUGGCGACAUAUUACGAUAUUUACAGUGCCAGCUGGGACAGGUGUCCCCGUCUCCGGUCCUGUUUAUCUCGGGCGUUACAUCCCAACCUCAUCAGUUCAGCAUUGGGGGAUAUACGUCGAGACUGAAGAAGACGUUCAAACACGCCAAGGACUCUGUGUAGAGCUCGGACGGAGCUCAGACGGCGGGAUCAUUGUUCUUCAUCGUACACGACAAAAGCGUGAAGAAACCGAGCCGCAAGGAGGCAUCAAGUAUGAGAAGACGGGGAAAUUCACAAGCUGGGACAAUGAAUCAAUUGUCCAAUGUACCACUACUCUUUGUACACAUGAGCUUUACGAAAGCUAUAGCGUCUUCAACAGAAAUUGUCAGACGUUUAUUAACCUGUUGGUACAAAGGAUCAUGGCUGGAGAAUCAACUUGGACUCCGCGCAGAACAACCUCACAUGCAUUCACGUCUGGCCCUUCAUCCACCAAGGUUGCUAAUAUAUGGGAGUCUGACACAGUGAAGUCACAGGCCUUGAGGCCUGAAAAGACCUAUCAAGCCCCAGAUUGGACUCUCAGCGCUACUAAGGCUCAGCCAGCCAUCCAAGCGACUUCUUGGCCUGCGGUUACUGGCCCAAUGGGACGUGAACCCGCCAUGUCUGGCCUUUCGAACAAGGAGCCUGUGUCAUUGGAGGAGCAGCGAAAAUACGAGCAUGAACUUUGUCGCACGUGGAAGAUGGGAUCCAUACCCCGGGCUGAGCCAACAGACACUACCGACAGCUCCCAUAUUCCGACUGGGGUGAAACAGAAAGUCGAGGCACGUACCAAGUCCAUGGAAGGGACUUAUGACAACAUGGCUGCUACAAGCCGCAGGUCCUACGCUUUGGGGACUAACCUCGAUGGCUACCGCAACAACAAACACAUCUCCCCGUCGAGGUUCGAGGAAAAGAAGCAACGUACUCGAGACACCACAUCAGCGGCAUUGCGUGAACGGCGAAAUAUAUUGACAGCGCAAAUCAGGGACUCGAAAACACCAAAGGUGACCCGCGAAGACCUGACCGAUCAGGCUGCAAUGUUUUCAAUGGUGACCAAUUUGGUAGAAACACUAAAGACUCCGCGAUCCCCCUUUACUCUCAGACUUCUUCUCGAUCAACUUGCUACAGACAAGGGAGGUCCUGUCUGGAAGGAAGUGCGGCAGAAACUCCGACCGGCACUUGAGGAGGAGAUGAGAAAAUGCAAGGAAGAUGAGAAGGUGGCUUUGCAAAAUGCUCUUCAAGUCCUAUGA